AUGUCUGAAAAAAUUGUUUACUGGAAUACCACCCUUGGUUGGAUAUGCUGUGCACCAUGCAUAUGGCUGCGCACUUCUGCAACUGUUCAUAAAAUUGCAAUUACUACUGCAACCUUGUUAGUCACUUCUCUGCUUGUUGCAUCGCCAAUAUUAUUUUUAAUAAGUACUGCACCAUCACAACUGCCACGAGAUUGUUAUUCAGACGAUGAAGAUUGUAUGCCGACAGCAGCUCCGCCUCCUGAGUGCUUGGAUCCUGUGUGUAAAAUAGCAGCGUCAAGUAUACAUGCAAAACUCAAUUGGAAUUUCGAUCCUUGCGUGGACUUCAAAAACUUUAGCUGCUCAUCCAGUUCAAACAUUAAUGGACUGGCAAGUCUACGUGCUAUUCGUAGUGCACAGGAAUCUGUUGAUUUGCAAAUGCAACAACUAUUGCAACAUAAUACGACUUCAGGUCCUUUUAGAAAAUUGGGCCGUUUAUUUGGCAGUUGCUUACGACAAAACACAAACUCAUCAACGAUUAGACUGGUUUUGGAUCAAUUAGGAGGCUAUUUGCCGAUUGGAGCACUUGGUCCGUCUAGUAUAUCGCAGCUUAUUUCAAAAAUAUAUGAGUUAGGUCCGACGCCUUUAAUCGACAUUUACUACGAUUUAAGUUAUGGAAAGCGACCACACGUUUUACUGAUAAUAAGUGGUCCCAGUACAACAUCGCCCAUUCUAGAAGUUUUUCGUCAAAACAUCCGCAAUCAUAUCAGCUGUUGGACAAUAUACAAGCUCCACCUGUUUACUUUGCACCAGCUCUCUGAUAUGAUGAAACUUUAUGUCGAUGUGCUUGCUGCGUUUGUGGAAAACUUGGACACGGAAUGCAAAAUAUCCGGUCUUGUAGAAAUCGCAAGGCACAUGAGUGUACCAACAAGUGAUUGGUAAUCACGUUGACCAACU